AUGCCAUCUCACGCCAUUAAGGCCUACGACGAAGAAACACAACGUGCCAUCGAAGGAGAUGCACACUUCCAUCGUCUCAGCUGGGGCCGCCUGACUGUGGUUCUCAUUGUAGAGGCCAUUGCUCUCGGGAGCCUCAGCUUACCAGCUGCCUUUGCAACACUGGGCAUGGUGGCAGGUGUAAUAUUGUGCAUUGGUGUCGGUCUAGUGGCCAUGUAUGCGAGCUACGUUCUUGGAGAGGUCAAACUGCGAUAUCCUGAAGUUGCUCAUUAUGCAGACAUUGGGCGGCUGAUGAUGGGAGGCUUUGGAUCGAAGCUUUUCAGCAUCAUUUUUGCUUCGCAGCUGAUUCUUAUCACGGGAUCGCAUUGUCUGACUGGCACGAUUGCUUUUGAAACCAUUACUGAAAGCGGAAUCUGCUCUCUUGCCUUUGGGGUCGUGUCUGCGAUUAUACUCUUCUUGCUGGCGAUCCCGCCGUCGUUUACCGAGGCAGCCAUCUUGGGAUAUAUAGAUUUCGCUUCCAUCAUCAUAGCAAUUGGCAUUACUAUGAUUGCCACCGGAAUUCAAAGCUCGAACCAGCCAGGUGGCUUGGGAGCGUCUACUUGGUCAGCUUGGCCUCGAGAAGGUCUAACGUUCUCGGAGGCAAUUGUUGCUGUCAAUAGCAUUGUUUUUGCGUAUGCCUUUGCCGGAGCUCAGCCAUCUUUCAUGGACGAAAUGCACACGCCAAAAGAUUACAUAAAGUCCAUUUGGAGCCUAGGAAUCAUCGAAGUCGUCAUCUACACUAUUACAGGCGCACUCAUCUAUGCUUUCGUGGGCCAAGACGUCCAGUCGCCUGCCUUAUUAUCAGGCGGAUCAGUCAUUUCUCGAAUCACUUUUGGCGUUGCACUUCCCGUUAUUUUCAUCUCCGGCUCCAUCAACACUACUGUCGUGGCUCGCUUCAUUCACGGGAGAAUAUACAAAAACUCUGUUGCCCGCUAUGUGAACACCGCCAAAGGCUGGAUAUCAUGGCUGGCAGUGGUUGGAACCGUCACGGUGAUUGCGUGGAUCAUUGCUGAGGCCAUCCCCUUCUUCUCUGAGCUUCUGUCUAUCAGUUCAUCUCUUUUUGUGUCUGGGCUUUCGUUCUAUCUACCGCCGGUCAUGUGGUUUGUAUUACUGAAAGAGGGCAAAUGGCACGAGAGACAUAAUUGGAAAAGCGCCUUUUUCAAUGGUAGCGUCUUUAUAAUCGGAAUGAUUAUCCUCGUUUGUGGCACUUAUGCAAGCAUUGUGGAGCUGAAAUUCCAGAAACACGCAGUCAACAGACCUUUUACAUGCCAGUCACUUGUUUAA